AUGACGUUCAUGACGUUCAUGACUUAUGAGAUAUACGAUGAUGUUAUAACUCUGCGUCUGGUGCAGGAGGCAUGUACUAUGCUGGGCCAGGUGUUAACAACAUCCCUGCUAGAGGUCCUCCAGGUGAGGUCAGGUGUUAACAACGUCCCUGCUGAGGCCCUCCAGGUGAGGCCAGGUGUUAACAACGUCCCUGCUGAGGCCCUCCAGGUGUGGCCAGGUGUUAACAACGUGCCUGCUGAGGCCCUCCAGGUGAGGCCAGGUGGUAACAACGUCCCUGCUGAGGCCCUCCAGGUGAGGUCAGGUGUUAACAACGUCCCUGCUGAGGCCCUCCAGGUGAAGCCAGGUGUUAACAACAUCCCUGCUGAGGCCCUCCAGGUGAGGUCAGGUAUUAACAACGUCCCUGCUGAGGUCCUCCAGGUGAGGCCAGGUGUUAACAACGUCCCUGCUGAGGCCCUCCAGGUGAGGUCAGGUAUUAACAACGUCCCUGCUGAGGCCCUCCAGGUGAGGCCAGGUGGUAACAACGUCCCUGCUGAGGCCCUCCAGGUGAGGUCAGGUGUUAACAACGUCCCUGCUGAGGCCCUCCAGGUGAAGCCAGGUGUUAACAACAUCCCUGCUGAGGUCCUCCAGGUGAGGUCAGGUAUUAACAACGUCCCUGCUGAGUCCCUCCAGGUGAGGCCAGGUGUUAACAACGUCCCUGCUGAGGCCCUCCAGGUGAGGUCAGGUGUUAACAACGUCCCUGCUGAGGCCCUCCAGGUGAGGUCAGGUAUUAACAACGUCCCUGCUGAGGUCCUCCAGGUGAGGUCAGGUAUUAACAACGUCCCUGCUGAGGCCCUCCAGGUGAGGUCAGGUAUUAACAACGUCCCUGCUGAGGCCCUCCAGGUGAGGCCAGGUAUUAACAACGUCCCUGCUGAGGUCCUCCAGGUGAGGUCAGGUAUUAACAACGUCCCUGCUGAGGCCCUCCAGGUGAGGUCAGGUAUUAACAACGUCCCUGCUGAGGCCCUCCAGGUGAGGUCAGGUGUUAACAACGUCCCUGCUGAGGUCCUCCAGGUGAGGCCAGGUGUUAACAACGUCCCUGCUGAGGUCCUCCAGGUGAGGUCAGGUGUUAACAACAUCCCUGCUGAGGCCCUCCAGGUGUGGCACAGGUGUCCUGUACCCGAGGGGUCACCCCAGAGCCUGUGGACAUGACACCGUGUCAGGGUUAGAAUUACGGGACAGUCCACAGUCCCAAACUAAGGGGAGAGAUAUGCACCAUUUAGUUUGACAGUUGGUGAUGAUAUAGUGAUGACAAUGAUGAUGUGGUGGUGUUGUGGCCACAGACAUGCCUUCUGAGGUGGUGCUGAAGCUUUUCGGGGAGUACUUCUUCAGCUUCUGUAAGAUGGCGGGGUACGACACCAUGCUACGUACGCUAGGGGGGAACCUGGUGGAAUUCAUUGAGAACCUGGAUGCUCUUCACAGCUACCUGGCUCUUUCCUACCAGGAGAUGAACGCUCCCUCGUUCCGUGUGGAGAAGAAUGAUGAUGGGAGGAUGUUGCUUCAUUACUACUCGGACAGGAAAGGCCUAUAUCACAUUGUGCCAGGUAUGGUAAUCAUCCAUACCUAAAAUGUACCUUUAAUCUAAGGAGGUUAUCUCUUUUCUCUCUGUGCAGGCAUCAUUGAGGCGGUGGCGAAAGACUUCUUUGACAGCGAAGUGAGCAUGACCAUCCUUAACCAAUCAGAGGAAGACGAGCGCACAGGGAAGAAAGAGCAUGUGUUCUUCCGGGUCUCUCAGAGGAGCAGAGGGUCAAAUAGGGAUUUCCGGCCCCAAAGAGAGAACAAGGAGGUAACCAAGGAGGAUGAGGAGAUUGAUAGGAGGCAUCAAGCACAGGCAUUGGAGAGGAUGAGAGCCAGGUGUGCCAGUCUGCCCCACUGCCCUGCUGGGAAAAGAUCACACUGGGACAUGGUUAGGAGCGUUGUCAUGUUUGG